AUGAGUAAUUUUGAGUUUUGUAUUCCUUUACAAAAGGACGAGCUCCUAGAAUCUCACGCUGGUAAAUAUCACGUCGAAGAUGUCGUUCAGCCGCGAUUGUUGUUAUCGAAGCUACAGGAUGCAGCCCGAGCUUACAACUCCGAGAAUAUUGAUUACAUACUUGAACAUUUCGAUACAUAUUUUUCGAUUAUUGUGCAUGGAACUAAACUGGAAUGGAAUGUCAUAAAUAAAGGAUUUGAGCAUAUGAUAAGAACUGUUAAAAGUCUCUGUGUACAUUUGGAGCCAAUACUUCAAGAACAGACUCUAGAUGAAGACCUGCGUGUUAAAAAUUUAAACAUUGUGAAGAUGGUCAUGUAUUUAUUUACAGAAAUCAUAAAAAUUAAAGAUGUCAAAUUAGCUGCAGAUAAAUUAAAAAAAUUAACAUUAGGUAAAAAGGGUAAAAAGGCAGCAUCUGAUGAAGAUGAAUUAUGUGGCUGGACAGAGGCUGAUAAACAAGCUGCCUUAAUCUCUUUACAUCUGCUUCUCCAACAACCUCUUUCACACCUCUGGGAUCCACCAUUAGCCGAACACAAUUUUGUGACAAUGGUAGCUGAACCUUGUUACAAAGCCUUAGAAGAACAAAUAGUUAAGAACAAAACAGUCAGAGAAAUAGUUUUUCAAAUACUAGGUGUCCUCAUAAAGAAAUAUAACCAUGGGACAUCUUGUCUGAUAAAACUAGUUCAGAUUUUACAAAUGGCAGAACACUCUGUAUCUCCAAUAUGUGCUGGGGUAGUACAGUUAACUAAAGAUUUCGGCCUUGGAACAUUUGGACCACAAAUGGUUCGUGAAAUAGCAGAAGCCCUGGCAUCGACUGAGGAAGAAAAUGGAGGUGUUGCCACAGAACAAGGGGCUGCCAAAAACUGUGGAGCGUUUUUACUGGAGCUAACCAAGGAAUUGCCCAAAGAAAUGACCAAUGCUAUUGCCACUAUACAACCAUAUUUGGAAAGUGAUGAGUCAUAUACGAUCCGAAUUAGUGUCCUCGGUAUGAUGUGCGAAAUAUUGAGCGUGGAACUACGCGGUGAGGGGCUCAGCGAUGAGCAACGCAUUCAACGCGACGACUUCCUCGACGAUCUCUACGAGCACAUGCUCGAUCUCUCCGCGUACGUGCGACACAAGGUACUGCAGUUCUGGUACCGGCUUAUGCGCGAGUUGUGCAUACCGGUGACGCGGCAACGUAGCGUAUUGCAGCGCGCUAUCGGUCGACUACGCGACAAGGCGGCGCUCGUCAGAAAAGCUGCCAUACAAUUGCUCAAAGUGUUCUUAGAAUGUAAUCCAUUCUCUGCCCAAUUAAAACUUAAAGUAUUAGAGGAGCAAUUGGAGACGGAACAGAAAAUAUUGGAGGACCUUCAAAAAAGAAUUAACCCGCGACCGGAUCCAGAGCUUGUAAAGAAAUGGGAGAAAAUCGAAAAGGAUGUUGUCAAAACGAUCAAAGAAAAUAUGGACACCCUAACCCAAGAUGAGCCAGAACUGUCUCAAGCUACGUUGGAGAAUUUGUACGUAGCAAUACGCAGAAGUGUACAGGAAAAGGAUUACUUUAAAGCCUAUCUGAUUGUGAAGCACACAGAGCGGCAAUAUCCCGAUGCGAAGUUGUUGAGAUGUGAUAUGGAAAAAAGUGAUCAGCUGGAUUACUUCGUAGCGCUUCUUCGUAACAUCUUUGUGAUACCGGAGAGACGGCAAUCCCUUACGCAGCAAUGCGAAAACGAACUAGCAUUACACAAAAGAUUGGAAGAGAAGGAAAGCAUCGUGGCUUUCCUCCAAGAGUCAGUUCACUUCAGUCAAUUGAUCGCUGAAGCGAUACCUCUAAUUAACUCGUUGUUGAUGUCGAAACAAGCGGGUGACGUCAGCGAGGCGAUAGACUUCUUCACUACAGCACACCACUUUAAUAUCGAGUCGGCUAAAGUGGGCGUGGCUAAUAUGUUGCAACUGGUCUGGUCACCUGAUCAGGAAAAACGCGAGGCAGUGGAACGCGCCUACCGCGAUAUGUAUCUCGAAUGCGACAGUAAAGCUGAGCGAGCACGGGCCUUCACCAUCGCCAGCAAACUUGUAUCGCUCAUGGGUCACGUGGACCGCGGCAGCGCACUCGCACUGGAGCACCUCGUUGACAAGUGGCUGGCUAAAGGUGACAUCACACCUGCCAUCAUUCAGGUCUUCUGGGAAAUGUUUCUGAAGAAGAUCGAUGGCACAACAGACAUGGAUAGCUACGCGGCGUUGUCAUUACUAGUUAUGAUCUCCAAAGCCAAACCAUCAGUAGCUUUAGCAAAUAUCGAAGUGAUACAGGCGCACGGUUUAACUGGAGAUUAUAAUUCAAGGAGAUUGAGUGCUGAGCUACUCACAUCGCUAUCGAAAAAGAACCAAAGAUAUCCAGCGGAUCACACUAUAUUCACGACAUUAUACGAAAGUCUAAUGGAAACGUUUUCAAGCUCCGAUAAGUUUAGUUCCUUCGCCGCUAGUUCCAUCGACUUUAUUUACGCGGUUUGCGAUACUCCCGAUGUUAUGUGCACGAAAAUUCUAACGGAAAUGUAUAAACGUAUCGAGGAAAUGUGUAAAAGUAUCGAGGACACCCUUGUAAAGGACGGCGAAGAAGAAGCUAGUAUCCCAUAUGAAUUGUUGACUCGAUUUAUAUUUGUAUUGGGACAUAUUGCGCUGCAGCAACUUAUUUACUUGGACAUUAGUGUUUACAGCGAGCUCCGAAGGAGAAAUCAGGUACGUGAAGAACGUAAAGCUGAAGAAAAGCGAAAGAAGAAAGUUGGUGCGUUCGCGACGCCGGCCCGCCGCGGACGGAUCGACGACUUGCGGCGACAGACACUGAUGAACGCGAGCAACGCCAGCGCGUCUUCACGCGGCCAACGGUCAGCCAGUGUUGUGUCGAAUAAAGGACCAUCGACAAACACAACAAUGACCGAAGAAGAGGCCGGCCUAGAAGGCGCCGUGGCGGACGACGCAGACGCUGAGUACGUGCGGAGCGUGUGCGAGCAAAACAUCGUGGGUGCGGGCACGACGCUCGCGAGGUACCUGCCACUGCUAAAGUGGCUGCUGUCACAUCCAGCACGCUGCACACCGGCACUGCAGGCGGCUGCCGCUCUCACUUUCACAAGGUACAUGUUGGUGUCCAGCAUAGUAUGCGAAGAUGGGCUGGUUUUAAUGGUUACCUUGCUGACGAAGUCAAAAACAGUUUCCUUGAGAACCAAUCUCACCAUCGCCUUUGCAGACUUAACAUUGCGAUUUCCGAAUCUCACUCAACCUUGGACCCACCAUAUUUACCAGAUCCUCAGCGACGAGGAGCUUGAGAUCCGUCAAUGUGCUGUUAAAAUGCUGUCAUUCCUAGUAUUGCAUGAGAUGGUACGCGUCAAGGGACAGAUCGCUGAUAUGGCUCUGUGCUGUGCUGAUAAGGAUUCGCGCGUGGCAACAAUGACGAAGCUGUUCUUCAAACAACUUUCGCAGAAAGGCAACGCCCUGUAUAACGUCAUGCCCGAUAUAAUUUCGAGGUUAAGCGAUCCAGAACUGAAUGUACCUGAGGAGCAGUAUAGAGUUAUUAUGAAAUAUAUAACAUCCCUCAUCCAAAAAGACAGACAAAUGGAAGCCUUAGUGGAAAAGCUGUGUCAACGUUUCAAACUGUCUACGGAGGAAAGACAGUGGCGCGACUUGGCGUACUGUUUGUCAUUGUUCAGUUACAACGAGCGGUCAUUCCGGAAACUGAUUGAGAACCUCGAUUGUUACAAGGACAAACUUCACUGUAAAGGUGUUAUGGAAUCCUUCACAACUAUCAUGAACAACACAUCAAAAACUGCCAGAGUUAAUGAAAUGAAGACUCUAGUCACAGAGCUAGGAGACAAAAUAGAGGAAUGCUUCGCUGUGAGGGACAGAGAGGAGGUGGAGGGUGAUACCGAAGCUGUCGGGGAAAGAGAGUCAAAUAGAGUGGAGCCAAAAGCCACGCCACGGAGAAAACCCGCGCAGCGCCGCAACCGACGCCGUUCCAGCUCUAGCCCUGAUGAGAACGAUCCACCAGGGAACAGAGAACCCGCAACACCGCUUUCCGUUAGAAAGUCGGCGCGAAAAGGGACACGAAAAAAUAAAGUAACUUACGACUAUGAUUCAGAUGAAUCAGCCGACGACGAUUUUCAGAAGAAGGAUGAAGAUGUUUUCAAAAAACCCACUUCUAGAAAAGUUACUCGUAAACGAAUUUGAUUAGCGUUUUAUUAUAUUUUAAACAA